CUGCACUAUAGACCGCCAGAUCCUAUUGUUGAUACGAUGCGCUUCCAUGUGGGUUUCUUUGCAAAAUCGUAUAGAUUUCACUCCGUCAAUAAGAGUUGCAUUUGUAUCAUCAUAUAGGCUAUUUCACAGACAGAGGAAGACGCAGAAGGGGGAGGGGCACGGUACUGCUUGCUCAUCGCGGCUCACGGCAUUAGCGUUUCUGCCAGAGAUGACGAGGUCAGCAUGGUAGUAUCACACUGUCCAGCUUUAUUAUAGUCUUGUCGUUUUUCAGUGAUCGCUUGGUGUACAAGGGCGAUACCGCACCGCAGCGAAGCGUGGCCGCCCGUCUCCUUCCCUUGCCCCCUGAACCGCUGUGCUUUUACGAGCUCCACCCCCCUACUCACUGCUUGUGUUCAACCUCUUCAACAAACACGACAUCCUGUAAUCACAACCCAGCCGAGUGCCGUGAUACUGGAAGAGUGGAAAAGACCAUGGACUAACACCUGUCAUUUGUGGGAUUUCCCUCUUCGUUCCUUUGAUGCAUUUCCCUCCUCACAAAAGGAAAUCUUGAUCGUAAGGGUGGGACGGCACUGAGACUCACACCAAAAGAAAAUGGCUUUUGAAAACACAUAUCGCAGUUACUCAAUCAUACCAUGCUUCAUAUUCAUAGAGCUGGUCAUCAUGGCCGGGACAGUCCUCCUGGCCUAUUACUUUGAGUGCACGGACACCUUCGGGGUGCAUGUGCAGGGCUUCUUCUGCCACGACGCCGAGCUGAUGAAGCCUUACCCCGGCACGGACGAGGACAGCUUCAUCCCCCCCCUCAUCCUCUACUGUGUGGUGGCGGCAGUGCCCACUGCUGUCAUUUUCAUUGGCGAGAUCUCAAUGUACAUCAUGAAGUCCACCAGACGAGCCCUCAUUGCCCAGGAGAAGACCAUCGUCACCGGAGAAUGCUGCUACCUGAACCCGCUCAUUCGGAGGAUCAUAAGGUUUAUUGGUGUCUUUGCGUUUGGGUUGUUCGCCACGGACAUCUUUGUGAAUGCCGGUCAGGUGGUGACCGGCAACUUGUCCCCGUACUUCCUGAGCGUGUGCAAGCCGAACUACACAGGAACAGACUGCCGCGUCGGCCACCAGUUCAUCUCCCGGGGGAACAUCUGCACAGGUGACCCCUCGGUGGUGGAGCGGGCCAGGAAGUCCUUCCCUUCCAAAGAUGCUUCCCUCAGCGUGUACUCCGCUGUGUACGUCACUAUGUACAUCACCAGCACCAUAAAGACGAAGAGCAGCCGGCUGGCCAAGCCUGUGCUGUGCCUGGGCACGCUGUGCGCCGCCUUCCUCACGGGCCUCAACCGCGUGUCUGAGUACCGCAACCACUGCGCCGACGUCAUCGCCGGCUUCCUGCUGGGCAGCUCCGUGGCGCUGUUCCUGGCGGUCUGUGUGGUCCGUAACUUCAGGGGAGUGCACUCUGCUGCGGCCAAGCUGAAGACGGAGGAGCACCGCGGGCUGCCGCUCAUCACGUUUCCACGGGUGGAGAGCCCCCUAGAGACCCUGACUGCACAGAAUCAUUCGGCGUCCAUGACAGAGGUCACAUGACUCCAGACCCAGCAGAGACUGCAGUUUGCUUCCCUGGAACACCCCUAGGCACAAGCAUUUUGUACUGUGUUACACUGUAAAAAGGACAGUAUUAUGUUGUAGUUAGAAGCUGUUUUUGUACAUUUUUGUAUAAGAGAGUGCCGUAGCUUACCCUAAAUAGCUUUGAGAAAGAUAUUGAUGUUGUUGUGUGGUGUUUGUACAAGGAAAAUCUCUUAUAACUGUUUCUGUAAAUCUUUGAAAAAAAGCUCACCUUUUGUAUUCUUUUUUUAAUCUGUUUUAAACUCAAUAUUUGACCAACUUUGCCUGCAAUUGUUUCAGGAAUGCUUUGGUAUUCAUAUAUUUAGGUUUUAAGGAAAAAUAUAUAUUUCUUUAUUCUGUUGUACAUUUUCUGUUGGGAUUUUAAAACAUGCCCUUUACUCAGCAUGGAAGUAAAGAAAAUCAAACAGGAAUCCAAAACA